AUGGUUCGUAAAAGUGUCGAAGCAGAGCUGGUUAAGCAGUCUGAAAAAGAAGCUGAUUUGCUACAAAUUCAACUGUCUUCAUCGUCAGGAGAUGAGUUAUCAUCGGAAGAAGAAAGUGACAUUGAAGGCCUCUCCAGUGAAGAAGAGUCACAGAAUGAAGAUGACUCUGAAGGUGAGCUAAACUCUGAGAUAGAAAAUAAAACAGUUGCUGAACGUCCAUCCCUGUUAUCGGGGCAUUCAGUCAACAAGACGGUCAAACGUAUCUCACCUCAGAAAGAAAGUACUAGGCACAAAAGAGCUAUCAUAUACAUAGGAAGAAUUCCCCAUGGAUUCUAUGAAGAUGAGAUGAAAAAGUAUUUUACGCAGUUUGGUAAUAUCAUAAAUUUGAAACUCUCUAGAAAUAAGAAAACUGGGAAGUCAAAGCAUUAUGGCUUUGUUGAGUUUGACGAUUACGAAGUGGCCAAAAUCGCAAGCGAGACAAUGAACAAUUAUCUUAUUUUUGGUCAUUUAUUGAAGUGCAAAUUAGUUGACGGCUCGCAUGUGCACGAGUCUAUGUUCAAUCUGUCUGGAAAAUUCAAGGUUCUCCCAUGGAAGAAAAUUAGUAAACACAGGCACGAUAAACCCAAAUCAAAAGAGCAAUGGGAAGGUUUAGUAAAAAAGCAUGAGCAGAGAAAGGCAUCCAAACUUAGAGAGUUGAAAAAAAAGGGCAUCGAUUUUGAUUUAGCAGCUAUAUAA